AUGUGUGCACUGGGUCGCGUUAAGAGGCUGUCUUUGGGGGUAUAUGGGGGGGGGGGGGGGGGGGGGGGGGGGGGGGGGGGGGGGGGGGGGGGGGGGGGGGGGGGGGGGGGGGGGGGGGGGGGGGGGGGGGGGGGGGGGGGGGGGGGGGGGGGGGGGGGGGGGGGGGGGGGGGGGGGGGGGGGGGGGGGGGGGGGGGGGGGGGGGGGGGGGGGGGGGGGGGGGGGGGGGGGGGGGGGGGGGGGGGGGGGGGGGGGGGGGGGGGGGGGGGGGGGGGGGGGGGGGGGGGGGGGGGGGGGGGGGGGGGGGGGGGGGGGGGGGGGGGGGGGGGGGGGGGGGGGGGGGGGGGGGGGGGGGGGGGGGGGGGGGGGGGGGGGGGGGGGGGGGGGGGGGGGGGGGGGGGGGGGGGGGGGGGGGGGGGGGGGGGGGGGGGGGGGGGGGGGGGGGGGGGGGGGGGGGGGGGGGGGGGGGGGGGGGGGGGGGGGGGGGGGGGGGGGGGGGGGGGGGGGGGGGGGGGGGGGGGGGGGGGGGGGGGGGGGGGGGGGGGGGGGGGGGGGGGGGGGGGGGGGGGGGGGGGGGGGGGGGGGGGGGGGGGGGGGGGGGGGGGGGGGGGGGGGGGGGGGGGGGGGGGGGGGGGGGGGGGGGGGGGGGGGGGGGGGGGGGGGGGGGGGGGGGGGGGGGGGGGGGGGGGGGGGGGGGGGGGGGGGGGGGGGGGGGGGGGGGGGGGGGGGGGGGGGGGGGGGGGGGGGGGGGGGGGGGGGGGGGGGGGGGGGGGGGGGGGGGGGGGGGGGGGGGGGGGGGGGGGGGGGGGGGGGGGGGGGGGGGGGGGGGGGGGGGGGGGGGGGGGGGGGGGGGGGGGGGGGGGGGGGGGGGGGGGGGGGGGGGGGGGGGGGGGGGGGGGGGGGGGGGGGGGGGGGGGGGGGGGGGGGGGGGGGGGGGGGGGGGGGGGGGGGGGGGGGGGGGGGGGGGGGGGGGGGGGGGGGGGGGGGGGGGGGGGGGGGGGGGGGGGGGGGGGGGGGGGGGGGGGGGGGGGGGGGGGGGGGGGGGGGGGGGGGGGGGGGGGGGGGGGGGGGGGGGGGGGGGGGGGGGGGGGGGGGGGGGGGGGGGGGGGGGGGGGGGGGGGGGGGGGGGGGGGGGGGGGGGGGGGGGGGGGGGGGGGGGGGGGGGGGGGGGGGGGGGGGGGGGGGGGGGGGGGGGGGGGGGGGGGGGGGGGGGGGGGGGGGGGGGGGGGGGGGGGGGGGGGGGGGGGGGGGGGGGGGGGGGGGGGGGGGGGGGGGGGGGGGGGGGGGGGGGGGGGGGGGGGGGGGGGGGGGGGGGGGGGGGGGGGGGGGGGGGGGGGGGGGGGGGGGGGGGGGGGGGGGGGGGGGGGGGGGGGGGGGGGGGGGGGGGGGGGGGGGGGGGGGGGGGGGGGGGGGGGGGGGGGGGGGGGGGGGGGGGGGGGGGGGGGGGGGGGGGGGGGGGGGGGGGGGGGGGGGGGGGGGGGGGGGGGGGGGGGGGGGGGGGGGGGGGGGGGGGGGGGGGGGGGGGGGGGGGGGGGGGGGGGGGGGGGGGGGGGGGGGGGGGGGGGGGGGGGGGGGGGGGGGGGGGGGGGGGGGGGGGGGGGGGGGGGGGGGGGGGGGGGGGGGGGGGGGGGGGGGGGGGGGGGGGGGGGGGGGGGGGGGGGGGGGGGGGGGGGGGGGGGGGGGGGGGGGGGGGGGGGGGGGGGGGGGGGGGGGGGGGGGGGGGGGGGGGGGGGGGGGGGGGGGGGGGGGGGGGGGGGGGGGGGGGGGGGGGGGGGGGGGGGGGGGGGGGGGGGGGGGGGGGGGGGGGGGGGGGGGGGGGGGGGGGGGGGGGGGGGGGGGGGGGGGGGGGGGGGGGGGGGGGGGGGGGGGGGGGGGGGGGGGGGGGGGGGGGGGGGGGGGGGGGGGGGGGGGGGGGGGGGGGGGGGGGGGGGGGGGGGGGGGGGGGGGGGGGGGGGGGGGGGGGGGGGGGGGGGGGGGGGGGGGGGGGGGGGGGGGGGGGGGGGGGGGGGGGGGGGGGGGGGGGGGGGGGGGGGGGGGGGGGGGGGGGGGGGGGGGGGGGGGGGGGGGGGGGGGGGGGGGGGGGGGGGGGGGGGGGGGGGGGGGGGGGGGGGGGGGGGGGGGGGGGGGGGGGGGGGGGGGGGGGGGGGGGGGGGGGGGGGGGGGGGGGGGGGGGGGGGGGGGGGGGGGGGGGGGGGGGGGGGGGGGGGGGGGGGGGGGGGGGGGGGGGGGGGGGGGGGGGGGGGGGGGGGGGGGGGGGGGGGGGGGGGGGGGGGGGGGGGGGGGGGGGGGGGGGGGGGGGGGGGGGGGGGGGGGGGGGGGGGGGGGGGGGGGGGGGGGGGGGGGGGGGGGGGGGGGGGGGGGGGGGGGGGGGGGGGGGGGGGGGGGGGGGGGGGGGGGGGGGGGGGGGGGGGGGGGGGGGGGGGGGGGGGGGGGGGGGGGGGGGGGGGGGGGGGGGGGGGGGGGGGGGGGGGGGGGGGGGGGGGGGGGGGGGGGGGGGGGGGGGGGGGGGGGGGGGGGGGGGGGGGGGGGGGGGGGGGGGGGGGGGGGGGGGGGGGGGGGGGGGGGGGGGGGGGGGGGGGGGGGGGGGGGGGGGGGGGGGGGGGGGGGGGGGGGGGGGGGGGGGGUGGGGGGGGGGGGGGGGGGGGGGGGGGGGGGGGGGGGGGGGGGGGGGGGGGGGGGGGGGGGGGGGGGGGGGGGGGGGGGGGGGGGGGGGGGGGGGGGGGGGGGGGGGGGGGGGGGGGGGGGGGGGGGGGGGGGGGGGGGGGGGGGGGGGGGGGGGGGGGGGGGGGGUGGGGGGGGGGGGGGGGGGGGGGGGGGGGGGGGGGGGGGGGGGGGGGGGGUGGGGGGGGGGGGGGGGGGGGGGGGGGGGGGGGGGGGGGGGGGGGGGGGGGGGGGGGGGGGGGGGGGGGGGGGGGGGGGGGGGGGGGGGGGGGGGGGGGGGGGGGGGGGGGGGGGGUGGGGGGGGGGGGGUGGGGGGGGGGGGGGGGGGGGGGGUGGGGGGGGGGGGGUGGGGGUGGGAGGGGGUGGUAGUGAGAGGGGUGGUAGUGGGAGGGGGGUGGUAGUGGGAGGGGGGUGGUAG